AAGAAUGGCUGACAAGUCACUAACUGACAAGCUCUGCAAUGCCUCUGCCAAUGGAAACCUAUGUGAAGUAUUGUUUUUGCUGCAAAAUGGAGCAGAUGUCAAUGGAUUUAAUACAUACAAGAGAACUGCAUUGCAGGUGGUGAAGCUGGGGAGUACCGCCGUGGCGGAGGCUCUUCUUGCGGCGGGGGCCAACCCCGACGUACGCGACCCGGUCCUCAGUCUCACCGUCACCCACGACGCCGCGCGCGAAGGAUUCGUUGAUACCGUGAGCGUGCUGAUGCGCCACGGGGCGAACGUGAACCUGGCGGACGAGCGCGGCAACCUGCCGCUGCACCUGGCCGCCGGCGAGGGCCAUCUGAGGGUGGUCCACCUGCUGAUUGGACGCACGGCGAACCCCCGCACGUCCAACGGCCAGGGUUACACCGCCGGGCAGCUCGCGCGCCUUCGCAGGAGGAUGGACACUGCCAUUUACAUCGACGAGUAUUUGAGCUCACACUAAAGGAGGAGGAGAAUGAAGAUGAGGACUUAAGUUUCAUUGUUUUGGACCCUUGAUUGGCUGAAACCUUCUCAAGCUUCUGCUAUUCUGCUCAUGCCUUUUUAAUAUGCAGAUACUUUAACAUUUUUAUUUAGUAUUUUCUAAAAUGUCCCGUUUGUUAUACCUCUGAAUUGGCCAAAUAAUGAGACAAUGUGUGCACUGUUUUCAGUAUUCACACAUUUAUCUACAUUUGCAUGCUGUUUUGAUAGAAAGGUGAGACCAAGCACACAUAUUAUCAGUACAAAGUGCUAAUUUGGAAUAACAAAAAAAAGUAUACAAUACAAUAAUUGGUUAAUAAAUGGUUAAUAUACACUCUGGCCACUUAAUUUGCUACACCUAUACAUUC